AGUCUUAGAAGAAAGAUAAGACAACAUAAUCACAGAGAGAGAGAGAGAGAGCGCGAUGGGGAGGUCUCCUUGUUGCGAUGAGAAUGGUCUAAAGAAAGGGCCAUGGACUCCUGAAGAAGAUCAAAAGCUUAUUGAUUACAUUCAUAAACAUGGUCAUGGAAGCUGGAGAGCCCUCCCCAAGCUCGCAGAUUUGAAUCGGUGUGGAAAGAGUUGUAGAUUGAGGUGGACAAAUUAUUUGCGACCAGAUAUCAAAAGAGGAAAGUUUUCCGCGGAAGAAGAGCAAACAAUCCUCCAUCUCCAUUCCAUUCUCGGGAAUAAAUGGUCUGCUAUUGCAACGCAUUUGCAAGGACGUACUGAUAAUGAGAUCAAGAACUUUUGGAACACUCAUCUAAAAAAGAAGUUGAUCCAAAUGGGGAUCGAUCCCGUGACUCAUCAGCCAAGAACCGACCUCUUCGCAAGCUUACCUCAGCUCAUAGCCUUAGCAAACCUAAAAGACCUCAUUGAACAAACAUCACAGUUCUCAUCCAUUCAAGCCGAGGCAGCUCAACUAGCCAAGCUACAAUAUCUCCAAUGCAUGAUUAACUCUUCGAAUUCAUUAUCCAAUAACAAUAAUAGCCCGAGUAGUAUUCUCGAUAUCGAUCAGAACCAUGCUAUGAAUCUCUUAAACUCCAUGGUCUCUUGGAACAAAGACCAGAACCCGGGUUUUGAUCCGGCUCUUGAACUCGAGGCUCACGAUCAACAUCAAGGUUCAUUUCCAUCCGGAUCCAUCAUUGAUCCAACCACCCAACCACUCCAACAACAACAAUACCAUUUAAACAAUAGUCCCAGUGAGCUACCAUCACAAGGUGACCCACUUCUUGAACAUGUCCCUUUCAAUCUCCAAAAACCUUUGAAUAUUGAAGAUCACUUUAUAGAUCAAGAGCAUGAUAAUGAUAAUGAUGAUCCAUCUUCAUGGAUACUACCUUCUCUUAUGGACCACAACACUAACAAUGCCACGUCUUCUCUUCCUCACAAUAAUCCGGUGGACGCAAGCAGUAGCUCAAGCUAUGGUGGUGGAGACGCUGGGUCGCUUUAUUGGCCUGACUUUUGUUUCGACGAAAGCCUCAUCAAGGACAUGUCUUAAUUACUUACUCUUGGCUUAAUGGUUUUUUUAUAAAAAAAUUCUGUUACUAGGCUCUAAUUUUUUAUUUGUUUUGUUCGUCGUUAUAGUGUCUUUUAAGGUGU